AUGCAACAAGUUCGGCCUGAUAUCGUAUUGACAGAUCGAUUGAAACGCCAGGCAGCGCUCAUCGAUAUCACCAUACCGCAUGACGAGAACCUCGUGAAGGCCGAGAAGGACAAGCUCAGCAAGUACCUGGACUUGGCCCACGAGGUAACCGCUUUGUGGGAUGUGGAUUCAACGUUCAUUGUCGCUAUAGUCGUUAGCGUAAACGGUCUCAUAGCGAAGAGUCUCGACCAACAUCUAAAGAGUCUCUCGCUAGAUGGUUGGGUCAAUGGGCCGAUGCAAAAGGCAGCACUCCUAGACACGGCGCGCAUUGUCAGGCGUUCGUUACAGUGUUUCGUGACGUCUGGAGUAUGCCUGAACGUCGGUGGUCACGGCGUGGCCAUCGGCUUCGCUGCCAUCUUGCUGCCUCAGCUGCGGCAACCCGGUUCUCUCAUACCCAUCGACGACUCCUCAGGAUCAUGGAUCGCUUCCAUCCUGGGCUCCGCACUGGUCGCUGGCAACUUUAUAGCACCUACUCUCAUGGCUAACUACGGCAGAAGGACUGCCAACAUGGUCAGCAUCAUACCCAUGAUAGUCGGAUGGGUGUGCGUCCUCACCGCGAAUAGCGUAGCGAGCUUACUCGUUGCCAGAUUUCUUCAAGGAGUCUCCAUUGGUAUGGGCACGACUAUAGGACCUGUUCUCAUAGGAGAAUACACCAGCCCCAUCAACAGAGGCGCCUUCUUAACUGUGAUAUCCUUAACAAUAGCAAUAGGAGUACUCAUAGUGCAUACCUUAGGUUCAUACCUGACGUGGCAGUGGACAGCGUUAGUCUGUUGUUUCAUAGCGUUCAUUAACUUGAUAAUCGUGAUAUACUCCCCAGAGUCACCCAGCUGGUUAACUGAUCAAGGAAGGUACGAAGAAAGUAAGGAAGUCUUUCGGUGGUUAAGGGGAGACAGAGAAGAGGCAGAACUUAAAGAAAUGAUUGAAGCGAGCACAAUUAUGAAUGAAUCCAAAUUUGAAGCGCAGAUUUCGCAGACGUUCAUGAAGAAAUUGACGGCUAACGUAGCUUAUUUCAAUUCUACGAUUAGGAAAAAGGAAUUUUACAAGCCUAUUUUCAUAAUGGUCCACAUCUACACGCUCGGGCAGUGGGCAGGAGCUAGCAUUAUCACUUCUUACACGAAAGACAUUUUUGAGAAUAUCGUAGGAACCGAGACUAACAUUGCAGCUAUGAUUAUCGCUUUGGACACACAAAGGAUCAUUUCGAACGCAGCAGCACUGAUCGUGAUCAAGAAGAUUAAAAGGAGGACGAUGUUGUUCGCGACCGUUGGGAUAAACAUAAUAGCGUUUCUGGUAAUCGCAGCGUAUGUUUACUGGAAGACUCGCGGCAUGUUGCCGUUCGAUCACCCGUUUAUAGGAAUCAUAUUGAUCCACAUCCACAUGUUCUCGAUAGCGACGGGGACAGUGCCGCUGCCCUUCAUCAUAGCCGGCGAGUUGUUCCCGCUGGAGUACAGGAGUCUGGCAGGAGGUAUCAGCGUGCUCUUCCUCUCUUCCAACCUCUUCAUCACAAUUAAAACCCUACCCUUAUUUUUAAGCACCAUAGGUCUUCCUGGAGCGUAUGUGCUGUAUGCAAUUGUAGUAGGAUACUGCUUAAUCGUUGCUGGGAUAUUUCUGCCAGAGACGAAAGACAGAACUCUUCAGGACAUCGAGGACGAGUUUAGAGGCAGACCAUUAUAUCCUGACGAAAUAAAAUCCGUGCAGUCGCUCACCUCUUUGAAUCUAUACAAUAUGGAUAGGAGAUGCAGUGCCCCUGUACUAUGA